AUGUUGCUCGGAUGGCUGGUCCUCACACUCGCCCAGUCUGUCUGGGCGAACCACCAAGAAGAGCAAUGUGUGACAACAGUCUUCUCGGCAUAUAACUACAUCAGUUUUGCCGGAUUACCCACAAAGGGCAUGUGGGACACUCGAUGUCGAAAUACCCUCGAAGUUGCAUCCAUUUACGCUGCCACAGAGAUAUACUGCGAUGAUAUAGAACGUGCGGCAGGCCUAACUCGGUUAGCUGCCGAGUGCCAGGAAUUUGGCCACCAGGAGCUGCUGCCAAAGGAUGCAGUCGCCGAAAACUUGACCGAUGAUGCCAUUCGGAAUAUGAGGAAAGUGGAUUACCAAGAGCUGUCUCGAGCCUUGCCCGUGAAUGAGCCCGUUAUUAUCUCCCAAUCCUACUUUGACUUGGUGUUCAACACGAUCAACUCCUGGGAAUCUGUGAGUUGGUUGCAUCAUGCAUUUAGUUAUGCCGGUUAUGCCUAUUGGGGCGGUAUAAUGUCUCUAGGGAUGGCGCUUAGGUUAUCCGAUUGGAAGUUUCAUCGGCGACAACGUCAGACAGAACGUGUGAUUGAAGCCAAUGUAUACCCGUUUCUGAGGACAUUGGAACAUACGCCAAUAUUGGGAACAAUGAUUCAUUGGCUCCACACUCAUAUCAUGACUCCAGCACCGCUGGCAACGCGUGGUCGACACCUGUUAGGUUGUGCAUUCUCAACCAGAGCCGAGGCACUUGUAGUAUUGGGAUUCUGGGUUCUCAGCACUGUUUUCAGUAUAGUAGGCUACCACACAUUCACUGGAAAUAUCUAUUAUCCAGAUAUCCCAAGCCAGGUUCUGCGAUAUUCUGCGGACCGCACUGGGAUCAUGUCAUUUGCAAACUUUCCACUUUUGUGGCUCUUCGCAGGCCGGAAUAACAUCUUCCUAUGGGCCACCGGGUGGAGCUUUGCAUCCUUUAAUAUUUUUCAUCGCCAUGUGGCUCGAGUGGCCACCUUGCAGGCAGUGGUACACUCUGUCUUCUACGUGAUCAUGUUCUUUCAAACCGGAAAAGCCUGGAGAGGAAUGACCAAGACUUACGUGCUGUGGGGAAUUUUGGGCACGAUUGCCAUGGUAAUCUUGCUGAUCACCUCGUUGGAUCGGAUCCGCAUCGCAACAUAUGAACUAUUUUUGAUUGCUCAUAUUGUGCUUUCGGUAAUAACACUCGUGGGAUGCUUUUAUCACACGGUCAUAUUUGAAGGGAAUGAGUACUGGAAAUACCUCUGGCCUUCGGUAGCUAUAUGGGUUAUUGAUCGCUCGUUGCGAAUCAUGCGACUGUGUUACUGUAAUAUACAUGUGAGCCUUUCGCAUAAAGGUCUCAUGAAGACCACAGUGACGAGCAUGACAUAUGACGAACGGACUGACGUGGUGCGAAUGGAGGUCACUCCUGGAGCAUCUUCCCUCCACCCUUUACCAGGACAGUAUUACUUCUUGUAUCAGCCAUUCAGGCUUACCGGCUGGGAAAGCCACCCUUUUACUAUCGCAGCCUGGUCCUACGAAACAGGAGAUCACUCCUCAUUGACACCGACAUCAUUGCGCCAUCCCGGCAACCUGUCUGAAGUAUCCCAUAUGCCGCUCCUUUCAGGUUCAUCCUCCGACCAAGCUCCCCUUACCAUUCUGGGAGAUGCAUCUCCUGGGGGAAAAGAACCACAGAGACUGAAGUUGAUAUUCUGGGUUCGUCCUUACGAUGGCUGGACUCGACAUCUGCGCCAGAAAUGUCUAAGUGCUCCAUCCCUGGCAACAGAAACAAAUGUCCUCCUUGAAGGGCCUUAUGGUGAUACAUUCCCAAUCUGGAGGUAUGAAUCAGUGUUGAUCAUAGUUGGUGGAACCGGCAUCGCGUCAGCUGUUCCUUACAUUCAAGAUCAUCUUCGCCGCUCGGUUCAAGACUGGGAACGGGAUUCCCAGAGUGAGAAAACCCGAGUUCGAGACAUUGAACUUGUUUGGACCGCAAGACAAGCGGCGUUCAUUCGAGAUGUUUCUUGCCGAGAACUAAAAACUGCCUUUGACCGAGACGAUUUCAGUGCCUCUUUUUACACGACUGGUGACUCUACAACCUGCACUGAAAAUUUGAACGAACUUGAACUCAAUAUCCAACGAGGGCGACCCCACCUUCAGUCUCUGAUUAUGAGUCGGGCCGCUGAUGCAUCUUCAGCUGGGUCUAGCCUUGUGAUCUUGGUAUGUGGCCCACCUGGAAUGGCAGAUGAAGCGCGUGCUGCGACGCAUCUCGCAAUGCGACAGGGCUAUCGAUCCAUUAAAUUUGUGGAGGAGUCUUUUACGUGGUAG